AUGACCCUUACCGCCCCCAAGCCAGACAACCACUCCGGCACCGAAGGCAAGUCCACUUCGGCCACCCAACACCGCGAUUACAGCUCCCUCCCCGACGUCACAACCCACGACCGCACCUCCUUCCCCUACAUCCUUUCCAAGAAUGUAUCCGUCCCCGUGUCCGGCCUGGCCACUGGCCCCGGCCUGAUUCGGUGCAACAUCUACCGCCCUCACAACUCCGACACGAACCCCGUCCCGGUGUUGGUAACCUACGGCCCAUACGGGAAGGAUAUUUCCUAUAGCGAGUUCAACCCCAAAUCCUUCUCCGAAGUCAACCCAGCCCACAAAUCCGUUCACUCUUGCUGGGAAACCCCCGACCCCUCAUUCUGGACCGCCCACUCCUACGCCCUCCUCCGCGCGGACGAGCUCGGAACAGGGCAGUCCCCCGGCUUUCUGGAUACAAUGUCCCGCUCCACCUCGGAAGCCUUCGUCACCCUGAUAACCUGGGCCUCGUCCCAGCCCUGGUCCACGGGAAAGGUAGGCUUGCUAGGCGUGUCUUACUACGCCGGCUCCCAAUGGCGAGUAGCUGCCCGCCAACCGACAGGUUUAGCAGCCAUUAUCCCGUGGGAGGGAAUGAGCGAUUACUACCGUGACCGGUGCCGGCACGGGGGGAUAUACAGUGAUGGGUUUGUCAGGUGGUGGUGGGAGAGGCAGGUUGUUGGUAACCAGUACGGACUCGCGAACAGAAGGGGGGGGAAGACGGCGGAUGAAAAUGGGGAGAAGGAAAAGGGGGAGUUGGAGAGGGAGAGGAGGGAUCAGACGGUUGAUAACCGAGAGAACAGGUACCGGGAUGAGGGGUACUAUCGGGAAAAGGAGUACGAUAUGGGGGAUAUUACCGUCCCGGUUUUGAGCGUUGGAAACUGGGGUGGGAUUUUGCUGCAUUUGAGGGGGAACAUACAGGGGUAUCUACAUGCGGGGAGCGAAAAGAAGUUUUUGAGGAUGAUCACCGGGAGGCAUGACCUGCCGUUUUAUUAUGAUGAGGAGGUGGAGGUGCAGAGGAGCUUUUUGGAUGCGUUUCUCAAGGGGGAGGAUGGAGGGGGUUGGACUGAUGGGAGGAGGGCGAGGGUUGAUUUGGUGAUACGGAAAGGGGAUGCGGGCGUUAAUGAUGCCCAGCGGGAGAGGGACACGUUUGAGAGGAGAGAGGAGGAGGAGUGGCCGAUUGAGAGGACGGAGUAUGCGAGGUUUUAUCUUUCAGGGGACAUGGCCAUGACCAGAAUGGACAACUGGGUUCACGAAGGGGGGCAAAAAAAGCUGGGAUAUCGGGCCUUGGGGACGAUUGAUGAAUUUCAGGGGCUGACGUUCAAGACUGUCCCUUCUGACAUGGGUCCAGGGCAAGAGAUGGAGAUUACAGGGCACAUUGUCGCCCAUCUCAACGUUUCUGUCUCCCCUGAUGUGGGCGGACCAACGCCGUCGGAUAUCGACUUGUUCCUGACGCUUCGCCAUAUUGGCAAGGAUGGCAAGGAGAUCUUUUACACGGGCACGGCGGGCGAUCCUGUGCCUUUGACCAAGGGGUGGCUCAGGGUAUCACUGAGAAAGGUCAACGAGAAACACCCAAAGCAUCAGCCGUGGCUGCCGCAUCGGGAUUACACCAGCAGGGAUGUACUCCCCGUGAUUCAAGGCGAGGUCUACGCUGUUGACGUGGAGAUGUGGCCGACUUGCGUUGUUCUUCAAGAAGGGGAGAGCUUGGCUUUGGAGGUGGCGUCGGGGGAUACCCAGGGGUCUGGGAUAUUCUUACACAAUGAUGCUGUGGACAGAUCUCCGGAUAUCUUCCAAGGCACAAAUUACGUCCAUAUUUCGAAGCAGUAUGCGAACUAUCUGCUGUUGCCGGUAAUACCCAGAAAAGAGGAUGUAGGGCAUGUUUGA